AUGUCUGGCUAUGCUUACGCCGGACCUAUAUCUACUGUGAAAACAACAGUGGGCCAAGGCAGUUACGAGAACAAAUCACAAGUAAGUUUUAGCGACAAGCAGACCGGGUCCUAUGGCCGAGCAACGGCAACUGAGAAGGCGUCCACCGGAAACUUUCAGUGGCAGAACGGAAAGAGUGGCACCAGGAGUGAAUACAAGGAAAGCUCUACUGUCAGAAUCGGAGACCGGAGUGGAUACACAGAGGUUUACAGCGAGCAGAGGGUUCGCAAUGUGAAUUUCAACAACAACAAUGGCAGCAAGAACGUCAUAUCCUACGACAAUGGCGAUGGUGGUAACUAUGGUGGGUAUGGGUAUGGGCAUGAUUAUGAUUAUGAUUAUUAG